AUGCGCAUCAUGCUUGUUCUUCUCCGACCCCAAGAUUUCCUUGGUUCUCUAAAGGUCCAUGCUUGGCUUCAAACCUCUCCGCAUGCCGAUUUUCGUAGUGCAUCACAAUCUCCAUGCUCUAGUCCUGAAAAAUCGGCUCAUUUAUCCUCAUGCAAAGUUGCUGAAGAUGACUUUCCAGUGGCUCCACUUUUUCGCCAUUUCCCAUUAGACCAGCUUGGGAUAUCUCCUGAUAAAUUGCCUAGUCGCAUUGGCCGAAUGGCUUCCUUUAGCAUGUUUGCACUAGACGCUUAUCAGUCUCCAGUGUGCAGUAAGUUUGUUUACCUGUUUUGUAAGUUAAUGGUUAGCUUUUACUUAAUUUAUUUGCCUUACGAAUUAUUCGUUUUUGAUUACUUUUCUCCAUGCCUAAUGCCGUUUAGCAAUAAUAAAAUUAGCUUUUAUUUAUAUUAG